UAUAGAUCAAGUCAGUCAAACAACUACUGCCUCUAUUACAAGACAGGCAACUGCACAUUCAGUGAGACUUGUUAUCUUCAAAGCCAGUGACAGAGAAACAAUGGACCCAUACGAUAGCGACUCGUCCGUCGAGGAUGCGGGGGACUUUACAGACACCGGUGUGCUGUUGGGUUAUGCGUCGGAGGAGCUGAUAGAAGAUACGAUCAGUCGUCUGGGUGGACGACCGACCUGGAUUGACGACGCUACCCCGCCUUCCGGUGAUUUCGCCAACUGCAAAGUCUGCAAUCAACCAAUGCUGCUGCUUCUCCAAUUGCAUGGCGACCUGCCCGAUGACUUCCCCAGCGAUGAGAGGCGACUGUACAUUUUCGGAUGCCCGAGGAAACCGUGCAACCGCAAGCCAGGCAGCAUCCGGGCCUUGCGCGCCACCAAGAGACUGAAGAACCAGCCGGCCCCGAGGAAGGAGAAGCAGGAACCGCCGAAAACACAACAAGAGUCGAAAACGGAGAGUGAGACCCCCAAGCAGGAUCUUGGGGCCAGUCUCUUCGGAGCCUCCACGCUCACUGGCAGUGUUUCCGGUAAUGCAAACCCGUUUUCUCCUGCCAGUUCUUCCCCCGCGCCGAGCAACCCGUUCGCGGCCCCCGCCCCGGCCCCGACUCCAGCGCCUGCCGCUCCUCCCUCCGCGCCUGAAAAGCAACCGUCAUCCGAGAAUGACGAUUCACUCGCUGAGUCCUUUGCAGACAAAGUUCGAGUGUCCUCCCCGCCCCCGGAAUCGAAGGCCCCCGAAGCCAGUGGACCCCCUACGCCGUGGCCGGCCGAGUCUGCGUUCCCCGCGCCCUACCCGCAAUACUACCUGGACGCCGAGUACGAGACUCUCUCCCGACCCUCCACGCCUACCGUACCCGAGAACGUCACCGUGGAGAACGCCGACGAUGACGCCAACGCAGGAUCUUCCGAUCUCAAGGAUACUUUCGAAUCGGAGAUGGACAAGGCAUUCAUGAAGUUCUCCACCCGCCUGGCACACAACCCCGAGCAGAUCCUCCGCUAUGAAUUCCGCGGCACCCCUCUGCUCUACUCGUACGCCGACCCUGUGGGCGCGCGAUUCCACGACGCCGCCGCUGCCAACGCCGGAGCCCGCGUGACGACGGUCGCGAGCAGUGCGAGCCGGAUCCCCCGCUGCGAAAACUGUGGGAGCCAACGGGUGUUCGAGCUGCAACUCGUCCCGCACGCCAUCAGCAUGUUGGAGGAGGGCCGCGAGGUCGGAUUGGGUGCGAAGGACGACGCCGGGAUGGAAUGGGGCACGAUCAUCCUGGGCGUCUGUAGCAAGGACUGUGGGCCGGAGAAAGUCGGAGUGACGGUGUAUCGCGAGGAAUGGGCUGGUGUGCAGUGGGAGGAGCAGGCGAAAUGA